AGCCGCUUUGGCCCAGGCUGGCUUGGGCCACCAGAGCGCGCUUCUCGAGGUGGAAACGGAGAGGAGGAGGCGGGCUGACUCGCGCGCUGCCGCGGGCAUGGGGCAGGCGAUGGACGCCUGCAGCGCGGCGCACCCCCCGUGUGCCGCCGCCGUGCCGCGGGCGCUCUCCGCCUGCGCGAAGGGCGUGUGCGACGACUCCGACGAGGAGGGCGGCCCCCGGCCCAGGAGGCCGAGGCCGCGCAGGCAGGUGGGCUGCCGCCGGCCGCUCCUGCGGGACGCGGAGGAGGAGGAGGUCUCCCCCGACCUCCGCCGCGGCGCCACCGCGCUCAUGGUGGCCGCGCAGGCCGGGUCCCUCGAGGACGUCCGGGGCCUGCUGGACGAGGGCGCGGACGUGAACGCCCGCGACCCCGUGCUCAGGUGGUCGGCGCUGCACUGGGCCGCGCGGGAGCGCCACGCCGGAGUCUGCGCGGAGCUGCUCCGGAGCAACGCGGACAUCGCCAUCUCGGGCGUGGACGGCAAGACGCCCGUGCAGGUCGCCGCCGAGCAGGACGCGGAGUUCGCGAAGGUGCUCGAGGCGAUGGUGUGGGAGUCAGCGCCUCUGUUUCGGUACGUGCUCUGAGGAGAAGGCCAAACCAGAUUGGCACUCCCCUGCCAGUCACGCCGUCCGUCUUCGAGAGGGACCACCGGGGGGCGCCCGCAGUGCCGAUCAGAAGCGGGCCUCCGCCACAUGCGCCCUCGCAGCGCAGACUGCUGGGAGCCGGCGGCGUCAUGCUGUGUAUACAUCGUUCUGCACCCGACUACACGUAAGAGUGACCUUUCGCCGGAGUGAACUUCUGGUGCGGGUCCGAUGGGGUCCCCCGAUCGCCGAACGCGAUGCGACAGUAGCGUCUUGCGCGCUCGUUUUUGGGCCCCCCACGGCCCCCAAGAGGCCGCGCACCAGAGGUUACUCUCACCCAGGGUCACUCUUGCGCGUGGUCGAUUGACGUACCUCUGGCUCCAGGAACCGUUUUCGGCCUACUCUGGGUUUCUUAAUAAGCGUGGAGGGGUACCCCCCCGACGUGGGUCAACCUCGCCUCGUCGUCGCGCCGCGAUGGGGGUUGGACCGCCUUCGGCGCGCGGUAGCUGCCCGCGACGGGGGUCGACGUGGGGCUGUCGGCGGGGGUGACGCCCCCCCGACGCUUCUUAUGAAACUCGAGGUGCGGGGUCUCUGUCCUCCGUGUCGCCCCUUAGCUCGGGAUCGGGGAGCAACCCACUCGGCGUCCAGGCUCGCCGAGGGGUCCCUCGGAUCCGCACGCCCUCGCAGCGUCUGCCUUCUUCUCGCCAGCAGGCAUCCCUGCGAUUCGCUUGCAGCAUGUGCUCGUUGGCUGCGGCUCACGCUUGCAUCUCGGACUCGCGUCUGCCACUUGACCUGGAAGCGCUCAGCGAAGAUAUGCGGCUGCGAUGUCCAGCGCCUUGCUUGCUCGCUUUGCUUACUUACGCUGUGAAGGCGUUCUUGGAUUUUGCCUUCGGCCUGAUUCCUCCUCUUCUUCCAUUGCUUUGAUCACAGAUCUGGUGUUAGGUAGGUUGGGUAUCAUCCAGAUUUGCCCUGUUCGGUCUUGUGGGCACUGGGGGGCCGGACGGCACUCCACGGGCUGCCCGCGGCACAGUGGGCGCAGGUGCCUCCGAGCUGUGCCCAGGCGCACGAGGGCCCCCUCCCGUUUUGAGGCGGC